AUGACACAAACGAAGUACGAGCCAGUUGGCGAAGAAAACGAGGUUCAAGAAGAUGUUGCGCGCAAACCGCGUUCUAACAGAAAUACCAUUCACUGGGUGGUGCAUUUCGUUCAGCUGGCUAUUCUCAUCGCAGUUCUGGGCGUGUUUUAUUCCAACCCCUGGACCUUACGCGAGCAGACUAGCAAGGACGAAUCUGAUGGUGUUCGAAUGGACAUUUCCGUGACCUUCACUGAUGAUGUGUAUCACGGAAAUUCCUCGUCGCCUUAUGUGGGUUUGCCCUCGGACGAACAAGAUAAGAGAUGGGAACAGCUUUAUCACCAGCACGUCACAAUCAACGAUAAGCAGACCCAGCUAAGUGUUUAUCACCAAAUGUGGUGUCUCGACUUCCUGAGAAAGAUGUGCACGCCAUACUUUUAUUUUCCUGAAGCUGGAAUUGAGGAACUCGGCCGUCUAGGGAAACAGCGACAGCACUGCAUCGACCAGCUUCGACAGUACGUCAUGUGUAAUGCUGAUAUUACAGAGAUGCCUAUGGAGGAGGUGGAUGGAAUCAAAAUCGGUAGUUCUCGGGUUGAACAUAAGAAGUGCGCAGAUUACUCAGCCCUGUUGGAGAAAUACUGA